CAGCGUACGAUGAGCUACAUUUGUUGAUGGGCCGUAGGCGCGUGUGUUUCGGGUGUACAUAAAAAGGAAGCAGUAUGAUUUAAUUUGUCAUUCCCCUUUGAUUUAUCUUGUCCUCAUCACGAUCGGGUAGUUUUUCGACGACCCAAAAGGUAAACAGCCCUACGUUGGGUGUUGGUGGAGCGAAGUGUGCCACCUCGAAAGCAGUGGAUCGUCGUCGUCGGUGUGUGUUCCUGUGAAAAAUGCUUCCGUUUGCGGUCAGUCAAACCCAACAUGAUUAAAAGCCAUUCCUGGUGAAUCAUUACUUGUGCCACUUGAUGGGUCGCUGGAUUGUUUAUCUCUGAUUUGUUGCCUGUUACCAUAUUGGUGUGCAUUGCGAACAGCCAGCUGUCGUCAUCGCUCGGUGAAAAGUCGCUCGUUUCAUAACUUAAAUUGAUCGAAAUUCACGCUCACGGCCAGUGUGAAACCACGGAGGACAAAACAGGUGUCACCUACGAUAAGUGCGGUUGUGCUUGAUAAAGCUUAUCAGACGUCGGGUGUUUCGGGACGGUGGCCAUUAAAGCCAUCUUUUAUCUGUGCAAAACACAAUAAAGUGUAUACGACAUCCGUGUCCGUGGCGUCCAUUGGUUUCGACACUUAUCACAACCAACCGCUCAACAAUCAAUAACUACCAACCGCCAGACAGCUUGUUACCCUCACAAUUUAAGCCAAAUUGUUGGAAAACGUUCGACAUCAGGAUACUGAACAGCGCAUCGUGAUUCAUCCCGGAAGUUUCCCACGUACCACGCAGAGUGAGCUUAAGUUUUAGCUGCAGAACCGAUCAGCUGGACGACAGGAAAAAUAAAAAAAAAAACGAUGAAGCAACCGGGUGGCAUUGACACCGCGGGCGACCGGAACUCCACGGCCAGCAAAGCGAACCGACCCAGCCUGCUACUGACGAACGAGGAAAAUGAUCAACUUUUCCGCCUCCUCGGCCGACGCUGUCAGACACUCAGCACAGCGGUCGUGCAGCUGUACACGACGCAGUCUCCGGCCCACGCGUCCUGGGUCAAACGAUGCACCGGGGCCCUCUGCUUCAUCAAGGAUAACAUGCGCAAGUCGUACUACUUCCGGCUGUACUGCCUCAAGGCGAACCUAAUGGUGUGGGAGCAGGAGCUGUACGAAAAGAUCGAGGUAACGCAGCCAAAACCGUAUCUCAUCACGUUCGAGGGACAGGAUGGCAUAGUUGCGCUGAACUUUGCCACUGACGACGAGGCUGCCGGAUUUAUGAGCACGACCCUUACCACCGUGCACAAUCGCAACAGGCGCCGCGAUGAGCGCGUCAAGCGAACCAGCACGCGAAAGGAUCCGCCACCGGCCAGGCCACCACCACUGUCGACGAUGGUCGGCGGCAGCCAGCAUUCGGAUGCAUCCGACACGGGCGUUACGUAUCGCAUGAAACAACCACCCACGAGUAAGACUCCAUCGUGUUCGAUUUAUUUGAUUGUUUUAACGAAUCGCACUUACCCGGCUGUUUGUUUUCCAGCCGUCUCAGCAUUCCAGCAGCCGUACCCGGUACACCAGCAGCAGCAUUCGCAGCAGUUGGCCAACCAGCCGCACCAGAAGCCGCGCAAGGUGAAGGGUAUGGGCAAGCUGUCGAAGGCGGACAUCGGGACGCCGUCGAACUUCAAGCACGUCACGCAUGUCGGCUGGGAUCCGCACCACGGGUUCGAUCUGAGCGGCGAAGAGGACACGCUCAAGCCGUUCCUCGCGAAGGCUGGCGUUCGGGAUCAGCACUUGAAGGAUCGUGACACAUGCGCGUUCAUUUACGACUUCAUCCAGACGAACAACGUGCUCGGGCAGGUGAAGUCGGAGAGCAGCGGCAAGAAGCAGAAGCCACCAGCACCCCCACCGGUACCGGUUCGUAGCCAAACACAGCCAACGCAGGCCGAGUCCUCCGAAGGCUAUCCAUCGCUUUCCCCGCAUCAAGCUCAUCUCAUCCCCAUCUUGCCUCCCACCACUCACGAACAGCACCAGAACCAGCCCGACAAUGGUCAGCGGAAUCCGCCCCCUCCGCCGCCGCACCGCACGCUUCCCCCACUGCCGCCGACCACUCCGCCGAAGGUGGCGGGAAGCGGCGGACCGCCGGCGGUUACGCGUCCCCCACCACCACUGCAGUCGACACCGGGGCCACCGCCGCCGCCGCCACCACCACCCGCGAUGACUGGUGGGCCGAUACCACCGCCACCCCCGCCAGCCAUGAUGCCUCCGGUGAAGGGGCUCGCUCCGACCAUUCCUGGCGGAGCUGCGGGCGGCGCCCAGGACGACCGAUCAGCCCUGCUGGACAGCAUCCGUAAAGGCACAACACUGAAGAAGGUGGACCAAAGUGCACUCAGCACCGGCAGCAGCAGCGGGGACACGCGCGGCGAUCUGAUGUACGAGAUCCAGAAGGGGUUCCAGCUGCGUCCGGUGGCGGACCGCGAGCUCGGGAACGCGCCCGGUGACCGGAACAGUGCCGGCGGCGGUGACGUCGGUACGGACGCGCUGGCCGAUGCACUCCGGCGUGCGCUGGCCGAACGCGGCCGCGUCAUCCAACCGUCGGACGAGGAGGAUAGCGACUCGGAGUCGAACAACACCGACUGGGAGGAUUAGAAAGCAUCGAGCGAUCCUAUUUUUAUUAACCAUUCUUACCAGCGAUGUCAAAACGCGGCGCUGAAUAUAAUUCACACACAUUCUAUAAAGAAAAUAACACACUUAAUAUGCAAUGCAAGACGAGAGGAGGGAGCCGAAGCGCAAGAAAAAUAAACCCGGGAAAGUAACGUUCCCUGUGGCCCCAGCUGCCUUUCCACGGGAGGGAGGAAAAAACCCAAAAAAAAAACAUGUCAUGCGGAACAAUCUCAACACCCGUCGAGCGAGUUAUCCUGUUUUUUGUUCGUGAUA